AAUGCAUGCAGGUUAAACUAUACCAAGUGUUCAUUGCCAUAUCAUUCCUUAUUAAGGCAAGAUUUUGAUAUCUUAAGCUGAAAAUUAAAAAACGGAGAGAAGUGAGGAAGAUAUGAAUUAGGAAGCUUAAAAAUUAAGAGCCCACUUUGAAUAAAGUUUAUUGUGA